AAAAAAAGAGGAGUAGAAUGCUCAAUUUGGAUUUGAGGCUUUUUUCGCCUUCCCAACAUUUCUCCACCAUCUCCGCGUCCCUUACCUUUGCCCUCUUGGUGUUUGCUUGAGUCUAUUUUAUAGGUUUCCAGGCAUAUCCAUCGAGGAGCAUGCACCACCUUCCUACCGCAACCAACAAGGUUUGAGGAUAGUUCUGAUAGUGACGCUUUGUGUGUCUGUAGCGCUUCUCUACGUCAUCAACUUCCUUUCUUUGCUUUUGUUGUUCUUUAUUGGGUGAUUAAUGAACGACAAGGGUCAAAAAUUAUGGAAGUAGAAGAGGAAAGGAGCUGGCAAAGCAGCGCCAAAUGAUUUGAUCGGAUAGGAGACUCACACCAAAGGGUAAAUUACGCAAAAGGAACGAAUACACUACGAUCAUUCUACUGUUCGUUGAAUUUCGACUUUCACCCCUCAAGAGCGUCGAUAUUUAUUCCUCUUACGUAAUUUAGCCUCUUUUUUUCUUAUUUAUGGUUUAAAAUGGCACUAUUAAAAAAAAAAGAAAAUAACAUAUCGAACGCACCCAUAGGUGUUUUCCCCUUUUGUCGUAUUAUAUACGCUACUCGUGAGUUCACUUGCUUCAACGGGUGAAGUCUGAACCUUUCUCCCUCUUUCACAGACAUACAUAUUGAUUUCCUUUUCAUACACAUUCUCGAUACCAUUUUCUAUAUGAGAACACACUCUUGUUGCAGAUAAAUACCAUUUUAUGGUAUACUAGCAAAAAACUUUAGGUGUAAAUGUGCAUAGGUUCUGCUAUCUAUACUUCAUUCGAUUGCGGCAAGCAGAUAGUUUAACAACGUGGUAUCAACUGUGAAAGGAAGGACGGCACGAACGAAGGUCCAGGCAGCAGCCCCAAUCGUAAUAACUUCACCUCUCCCUUUCUCUCCAUAUCGUCCACGUGCAUGCCUGAGGGAUGAAUAAUCAGUUUAUGCACGGUAGGGAAUCUCAGCACUCCCUAAACUUGUUUGCGGAGUGGAAAAAAGAACAAGAUGCCGAGAUAGCGAACCGUGGGGCGGACCCGGAUCCGGCUGUUGAGGAGGAAUUCAAUCAAUUUAUGCUUCGGCAGAACCUCAACAGCUAUGUUUGCCAUAAGGAGCUCGAUCGAUACACAACCUGUCUGCAGGAACAACACCUGAUCAAGCGGGAUGACGGCACCGGUAGCAUCGAGAUCAACACGAAAAGCAAAGUUAACGAAAGGUUCUGCCGCGCGACCCACAACGCGUACGUUUCAUGCCUGCGUUCCCGUCAAAAUCAAGAGGCUAUUCUGCAAAAUGCGUUACUCGAGCCCCAUUGCGUAUCCCAGCGUAACGAUAUGCUUCAGUGCCUUGAAGAAAGCCGGGAGAAGGAAGCGCGGACGCAGGAGCCGCAGUGCAUGGCGUGGUAUCGCCGCUGCUUGCGUUGUGGAUUAAAUCAUAUGUGGAAUACCUAUUGGCGCGCGAUCACCAAGUUUGGCGACGCCGAGGAGUAUCAACUGUAUGAGCUCUCCAAGGACGAUCGCAAGCGGCAAGAGUAUCUGAAUAUGCUGACGACAUCCCUACACGAGCAGGAAGAGAUGCGUCGUGAGAGAGAAAGGGCUUUUUCGGGGUACCACAUCAAUCCCGAAGACGCCACACGCGAGGGCGAAUAG